AUGGCAUCCGAAUCCACCUCUGAGCUUCACUUCCUCUUGAUUCCAUUUCUAGCCCCUGGCCACACCAUCCCCAUGAUUGACAUGGCCAAAUUACUCGCACAGCAACCAAAUAUUACUGUCACAGUCGUCACCACACCCCUCAACGCCAUUCGAUACAGUCCCAUCCUCAACAAACCCGGACUCCCGGUGGGUUUCCUUCAACUUCCGUUUCCAUCCACGGAGGUCGGAUUACCAGAUGGAUGCGAAAGUCUAGACGCUCUCCCUACUCCCGAUCUAGCGCUGAAGUUUUCGGCUGCAGUUGACAUGCUUCAAUGGAAACUCGAGCAAAAUUUCCAGACUUUAGAACCUCGACCAAGCUGUAUUAUAUCUGAUAAGUACCUAGCUUGGACUGCUGAUACUGCGGCUAAAUAUCAUAUACCCAGAAUUACUUUUGAUGGAAUGAGUUGUUUCAAACAGUUAUGCGAUCACAGUUUGUAUGCAUCCAAGGUCUUCCAUGGUUUGCCUGAGUCAGAGAAGUUUGUGGUGCCUGGAUUGCCUGAUCGGAUUGAGUUAACAAGAGCACAGCUUCCAGUUGAGUUCAACCCAAGCUCACGAACCUCAAGUGAGCGUCUUGAACUGGUGAGGAAAACCGAUUUGGGAUCCUAUGGAAUGGUGAUCAAUAGUUUUGAAGAACUGGAACAAGAAUAUGUCAAUGAGUACAAGAAAGUUAAAGAAGGUAAGGUCUGGUGCAUAGGUCCAUUGUCACUACGCAAUGAUAGUGAAAAAGAUAAGCUUCAAAGAGGAAAAAAUUCCACAGUUUUUGAGCAACAAUGCUUGGAAUGGCUUGAUUCAUUCCCACAUGGGUCAACCAUCUAUGCUUGUCUUGGUAGUGUGAGUCAUGUUACACCUCAGCAACUUAUCGAGCUUGGUUUAGGCCUAGAAGCAUCAAAUCAUCCUUUCAUUUGGGUGAUUAGAGACAAUGAAGUUGAGAAGUGGGUAACAGAAAGUGGGUUUGAAGAGAGGAUAAAAGAUAGGGGUUUCUUGAUUCGAGGUUGGGCCCCACAAGUGUUGAUCUUGUCCCACCCUUCAGUUGGAGGGUUCUUGACACACUGCGGAUGGAACUCCAUACUUGAAGGAAUAUGUGGUGGUGUAGCCAUGAUCACAUGGCCUCAGUUUGCAGAUCAGUUUUUGAAUGAGAAGUUGGUUGUGGAAGUGUUGGGGGUUGGGGUGGGUGUUGGGGCUGAGGGUGUUGUGCAUUGGGGGGAGGAAGAGAAGUUUGGAGUGAAAGUGAAGAGUGAGGAUGUGAAGAAGAGUAUAUUGAAGGUAAUGGAUGAUGGAUUUGAAGGGAUUGAGAGAAGAAAGAAAGUGAAGGAACUUGGGAAGAUAGCAAAUAGAGUGAUGGAAGGAGGAUCUUCUUACAUGAACUUGAGACUACUAAUACAAGAUAUAAGGGAACAUAUAAAUUUAUAA